UCUCCAUCUUCUUCCAGACAACAGAAAAAAAAAACAAAAAUGAAUCGGAAUCUUAGAAACGCCAUUGUUGCAUUCCUUGCACCACUUCCCUCUAUCGUCUUCUACCUCACCUUUCUCCGUAACAGUUACUCUCCAGCUUCCGAUUCAGAGCUCUCCUCUAUUCAUUCAUGGUGUUUGAAUCAUCCUCUUCUUCUGGCAAACCUUCUCUUCUUCUUCAACGUCAAUGUGCUCUUCUGGAUCAUCGGUUUACUCCAAUCUAGCCACUGGAUGAUCGAUGUGUAUUGGACUGUGAUACCAGUAAUGCUGGUUCAUUACUUCGCUUCUCAUCCAUUGGGACAAUACAACAAGUGGAGAUCCACGAUUGUCAUUAUCCUGACAUGGGUUUGGAGUAUUCGGUUGACUCAUAACUACUUCCGGCGGGAAAAUUGGGAAUGGGGUGCUAGAGAAGACUGGAGGUUCAACGACUUACGGAAACAGUAUGGGAAACACUGGUGGUGGCUCUCCUUCUUCUCUGUCUACGUUUCGCAGCAGAUCUUCCUCAUUGGGAUAUGUCUACCUUUAUAUGUCAUCCAUUUCGUUGAUGCGCCACUAAACAUCUGGGACUUCGUUUCCUCGGCUAUCUGUUUGACGGGUAUUGUCAUGGCAUACUACGCAGACACACAGCUUCACGAGUUUGUAACCGGAAACCAAAAACUCAAGGAGCAAGGAAAGCCUAAAAUCCCCAAUCUUGACACCGGUCUGUGGCGUUACUCUAGACAUCCUAAUUACUUGGGAGAGCAAUUGUGGUGGUGGGGAUUAGUUAUAUUUGCUUGGAACCUUGGUCAAGGAUGGACUUUGGUAGGUGCGUUGGUUAAUACUUUGUGUUUGGUCUAUGUAACAAUCCUUGUUGAGCGUCGGAUGGUGAAACAGCAAUACAGAGCUGAAGCUUAUAGAGCGUAUCAGAAGACAACCUCGGUGUGGAUUCCAUGGUUCAAAUCUCAUGAUGUUGCUACUAAAGACAAGAAUACUUGAAGGGAAGCUUUGAUUAGUUUGUUUCAAUAGAGAUCCUUAGCUGUGUAUUAUAAGCAUUGUUUGGUGUGUUUUUUUUCCUCUCAUUUUAUUUCAUUGGUUAUGUUUUCUUUGGUCUGUGUGUAAAUUUGCAUUAAAAAUGGGUUUUUCUUUUGUCUAUUUGGGCUUUGUCAUGUCUAGUAAUCAAUCGUACUAGUUAUUUUUUAUCUAUACUGAAUA